AUGCAGAUGGGGCGUGGCCGUGGUGCUAUAUGGGAAGAGGUCAAGGAAGGGGAAUGGGGAGAGGGAGUGGAUAUUACGGCGGUGGAAGGGGACGGCAGAGAGAUCAACUUGCUGCUGCUGCUGACGAUUCUGAAGGCGAGGACUUUCUUCCUGGAAACAAAGCUGACGAUUGAGCUUGAGGAAGAAUACCUCAUGGGAGAAUUUGAUCUGAAGCCAGACAUUGACGAGAAACCACCAAUGCCCUUGCGGGAUAUGUUGGAGAAAGUGAAACCAUUCUUAAUGUCCUAUGAAGGAAUCCAGAGUCAAGAGGAAUGGGAGGAGGCGGUUGAAGAAACAAUGAAGAAUGUGCCACUAUUGAAAAAGAUAGUUGAGCACUACAGUGGACCUGAUAGGGUAACAGCAAAACAACAGCAACAAGAGCUGGAAAGAGUUGCAGAAACCAUUCCUGCUGCUGCUCCUCCUUCUGCGAAACGUUUCGCUGAUCGAGCGGUUCUUUCUCUUUCAGAGCAAUCCCGGGUGGAGAUUCGACAAGAAGUGCCAGUUUAUGGACAAGCUAGUAAUGGAAGCAUCGAAGAGUUAUCGAUGAUUAUUAUUUAUUAGUACGGUUGUUGCAACUUGCAACAGCAAUUCUGGGCGGGAGCUCGUUUGUCAUCAUUUUCUGAUAUUGUUCCGUUUUCGGUUUUCUUCUGAAUUUUGUUCAACUUUUUUCUGAUAGAACCCCAAGAAUUAUAGAUUUUAGGACUCUUGGAGUACCUAAAAAGAGGAACCUUGCUGGAAGGGGAUGAGAAAAGGAAGGGAAAGAAAUAGUCUCUAUAACCACAAGUUUCACAUAGUUGUAACCACAAUUCUCGAAAUAUAGUCGUGGUUAUGAUCGCACCC